UGCAUACACUCUCCCUUUCUCUCACUGUCUCUCCUCUCUCUCUCAGUUACACUUGGUCUGGUGCAGACUUGAGGAGCCCCGGAGAGGACAGGAUGCUGGUGGUGAUUCUGUUGGAGCUUUCGUGGUGAUUUUUUUCUUUUUCCUCAUUAAAAAAGAAAGAAAGAAAACUGGACUCAGAACAAUGUUGAUGCAACAGCCACUCUUCCCUCUGCGCAGUGUUGAUCUGCCUGCCUCCUGCCUGGAAUCAGCCCAUUUUGGGGGGAUUUAAGCGACAGAGAGAGUGUGCUGCGCUGCGCUGGCUGUGCGCUCUGCGGUUCCAGUGGAUCUUCCUCAUCUUCUUUCGUUUGGUAUCUCCCCACUGAAGGAUGCUCAGUUCUUUCCACGAUCAGGAAUACUACUACUACAACAACUGCCAAUACUCUCGCUGCUGCUGUCCACUUCUCUGCUCCAGUCAGAUCGCAGUCUGAGUCCCCUUAAAUGGGAAGAAGAAGCAUGUCAGUGCCCGUAUUGCACAUGGAAUAAAGCCGGCUGCUGCUGGUUCUGCUGGACUCCAGCCUCUAAACCAGACUUGAGAUUAUCCAUACAUCACCGAAAAGGCUCGGAAGAAAUUGGGGGAUCCUAAGAGUUCCUCUCUUGACAAGCCAAAGAUUCCUGCAUCACUGUAUAUAUCGAGGAGCACCAGCUGCUUAACCAGCUCUAUGGUUUUCUGACUUGUCCAAGACAGCGUUUUUGGCAUCUGACUGAGAGGUGAUUAGAGAAAUCCCCCGGACCCUGUCAGAAACCCCGCAUCAGCACACUCAUACACUGAGAUGACCCAGGAACAGUGCACUCAUAGGAACAAUGUCCAGAGUUCAGAGAAACCACAAGUGUACAAAGUGGGAAUAUACGGCUGGAGGAAACGCUGCCUUUACUUCUUCGUCCUGCUGCUGAUGAUCCUGAUCCUGAUCAACUUGGCACUAACUAUCUGGAUCCUCAAAGUCAUGAACUUCACCAUAGACGGCAUGGGCAACCUGAGAAUAACAGAGAAGGGCCUGAAACUGGAAGGGGACUCGGAGUUCCUCCAACCCCUCUAUGCCAAAGAAAUCCACUCCAAACCAGGCCGGCCUCUGUUCCUGCAGUCAUCCAGAAACGUGUCGGUCAAUAUCGUCAACAGCAACAACCAGCUGCUCACACAACUUGUAACAGGAUCCAGUGGAUUUAAAGCACGAGGCAAGAUGUUUGAAGUCAAAUCCACCUCUGGGAAGCUCCUCUUCUCCGCCGACGAGCAGGAGGUGGUGGUGGGCGCCGAGAGGCUCCGAGUGAUGGGGGCAGAAGGAGCCGUGUUCAGCAAAUCAGUGGAGACGCCUCACGUCAGGGCCGAGCCUUUCAAGGAGCUAAGGCUGGAGUCUCCCACUCGCUCCCUACUGAUGGAGGCUCCUAAAGGCAUCCAGAUCCUGGCUGAGGCCGGAGACAUCCAGGCCAUCUGCAGGAACGAGCUGCGACUGGAGUCCAAAGAUGGAGAGAUCUCUCUGGAUGCUCGGAGGAUUCGCCUGAUGCGGCUGCCCGAGGGGAAGGCCUCCACCAGCUCCUCGUCCUCUGGGAACAGGCAGACUGUCUACGAGGUUUGCGUUUGCCCCAACGGGAGGCUUUUCCUGUCCCAGGCCGGCACCGGAUCCACCUGCCAGAUCAAGAACAGUGUCUGCCUCUAGGACUGAUACAUGCAAAUAUGAAUAAACACACAGGUAUCCUGAAAGAAAGACGGGCAUAACACAGACAGAUGUACCCAUAUCGCCUGCCUCCAGGACUGAUAAACAGCAAACACAGACAGACACUGCAUACAAAGACUGCCAGAGCUGAUCGAAAUAUAAACAAUCAUAGAUACUGUAACUUUACAGACACACUGGUGUGUACACUUUGCAAUCACAAACACUCAGACUGAUAUUUAGUCUCAACCGAUAUGUUUUAACAGGCCAAUACUGAAAAAAUUUGAAUUGAAGCUGCUGACAGUGGAUCUUCUGUGCCAAUAUUUCAAUGCUAAAAGAUAUUUUCUCCCUUGAUUUUAUAUGUUUGAGAGUUGAAAAGCCUUUGAAAUCAGCAUUUAGAGCAUCCCCGGAACACUAAAACUCUCCACCGAUUGUCAUACACAUCUCUCUAAGCUCUUUAUACACACAGUGCAGCAGUUGUUAGGCUUUUGAACUUAAUUACAUGAAUAAAAGAAAGAAAGAAUAAAUGUGUUUCAUCGCAGGUUUUAACAAGUUUUUAAUACAACCGAGGUCAGAAAGGAAUCUCCAUCAUAGUGGGGAUAUGCAGUAGGACACUGACUGGCUCAUAUAUUUAACAAAAGGACAGGAUUUGAAAUCUUUUGGUCUGACCCUAACAGUCAUACAUGACACUGCUAUGUAUCAAUAGCGUACACACAUACAGAUGCACACACUAGCUUAUAGACAUACAUUCACACAGUAUACAUAUUUUUUCACACACACUUUGCUCCUAGUAGAAACUGAGAGGAAAAUCUCCAGAGAUUUACUAGAAGAGACACAGAUCUAGUCCCUUUGUCCCUCAAGAGCAUUUCAGUACCAGAAUCACUGGGGUGAUCACCUAUGGCAAAAGACCCCGCCCCCUCCCCUCCGUUCUUCUUCUCUUUUUCCUCAUUUUCUCCUAUACCACAGCUGAGAUGAUUAAAGGAUUUAUGCUUUCCCUGUUGUUCACAAGGCAUUUUAACGCCCCAUAGGCAUGCUAUGAGCACUUAAUUACGGCUAUUCAUAAUAUCAAUUGGGUCAGGAGAUGGUGUAAUGAACAUGAGCUCGUGGCAUGGAUGUAUUAUAAGAAUUGGAUACCGGACUCCAAAAUGGCACCCAUUCAUUUGCAUGGCCAGCACGCGAAAAAAGAAAAAAAAAAGGCUUUCAGUUUACAGUCCCGCUCGGCCCAUAUGCAUUGCAUCGGGAUGAUGUCACGCUUUUAUAGGCUCUGGGAAAGUUUUACCUAUAUAACAUGUAUUUUUAAGACGUUUUUUUAAACUACAGUUACAGUGGGGCGGCUCGGUUGGAAACUUAGAGGUAGUCAUAUUUUCAAAUCUCCAGUCAGCUUUUAGCACUGACUUAAUGUGAGGCCCUAUGAAGUCUGUCUUAUGGCUUUUUUUAAAUUCUCUAUUUGGCGAUUCCAUCCAUGAUUCUGUCACAGAAACUAUUGGGCUCUAUAUUAAUGCUGCCAUCCGUCUGUGAUUGGCCCAAGCCGGGCACUCGUAAAAAAACACUGACACUUGCCACAGGGCUUAACAACUUUUCUGGGGGAAACCCUGUAACACCAUGGAUUGAAAUUGUACCGCGACUGGCCUCUGGGAGAAAAUUGGCAGCAAGGCUGACGGGCACCGCCGUUUCCAGCUCUCUCAAUACAAUCUACGGGACUUGGAUGUUUUUUUUAAGGUAGACAUUUUAUAAACUGCCAUUUCAGUCAAAACACAUACCAGAUUCAGAAGUGUAUGUGCUUUAUAUGUGCAUUAAGUGCUGUUAGUGUGCCUAUGUGACAAUAAAUAAAUCACAUUUAUGGGUUUUGUGGGGGGGACAUCAUUCUUAUGAUAGUGGGAAACAUUGAUUUCAGUUCAAAAGGCCGACACAAAGUCUUUUUGCAUUGAGGCUCUAAAUUAACAUUGCAGUGAAGUUGUAUAUAAGUAAAUUAGCCCACAAAAUAUUCAGCUCAGUUGGUCUUUGUUACAAUAUGUUCAAAGUGUAUCAUGCCAAACUCUGACUCAUGCCAUGUUCACGUUCUAUCAUAGUCACCCAACUGGGAAAAACCAUUAAAAUUAGCUUCCCACUGCGAGCAGCAGUACAAUAAUGGUAAUUAUGUGUUUAGAAAGUGUUAAACUAUCUCACUGAAUUCUGAUGUUUGAUCGUUAAGCACCUGAUUGUCCGUGUCCAACAGAGAUGUUGAUAGGAUGUGAACAUGGCACAAGUUCUGCCACGCAACCCUCCGCCACUGGUCUGUUAGAUGGUUUUUAUUUAUUUCAAUUUGUUGUAAUAUUUUGAUUUUAAACUGAAUAGAAAGGUGUUUUAAUUUCACAUAAUGACUGUCAGUGUUCUGUUUUGCCUGCAUACAUUCUGUCCCAUGUCCUGUCUAGAACAGCAUCUCCCUCCUACCACUCUGACAAUGAGGACAAUUAUAAAGACAACUCAACAUCCUGUUAUAGCUCUUACCUUUUUAAUCACACGAACACAGGACAUGUGUCAUGAAUGUCCAAUGUUAGCUGCUGGAGACUUCGGUGGUGGUCACCCUACUUGUUUCUUGCACUGGGACAAACAAAUUAAUGCGAGCCACUCUGUUGAAAGAGGGGAACUGUGCCUGUGCCUUAUGUCCAUGCACUUGUGGCAAGAAGAAGCACAUCACACAGACUUUCUUUGGCAUCAACGAGUAACAUGAUCUCUGAUUUCAGUUCCGUUUCAUCCCAAUCACAAAUCUCUCCCUCCGUUGUGAAUGCAAAGACCUUCAGCC